AUGGAUGCGAAUUCCUACCGCAAACGCAAGCGGGCUCAUGUCUCAUACCGAGAGCCAAGCAGCGACGAUGACUUCUCCAACUCCGACAUCGACAAUCCCUCCAGGAGGAAGCGGCCAACUCGGCGGUCCGCCCGCCAUCAAUCGAUUGAAGUCGAGCCGGAAGCGGAAGCCUCCACGAGACAUACUCAGCCCACCGCUUCAGCUGCAUUAGCUCGAUCUGCUGUCUCUCAGCGCACACAUCGGAGGAAAGAGAAGAGAAAAGUCUCGUACCGAGAGGAGAGCACAGACGAAGACAGUGACGAGGACCCCGAAGCCGACUAUGAGCCGGAAGUGGUUGUUGUUCAAAGGAAACCACGGUCAAAAGGGACUUCCCAGCGGUCAACGCCUCGUAAGCAGUCUGAGAAUAGCUCCAGGAAGACGAUUGCGCCGAAGAAGCGCGCUUUUGGUGCCCCAUUGAAGGAAAAGAAGGCACCCCAACCGAUUGUUGUACAUAUUCCUACCGAUGGAAUCAAGCCGGACAUGUCGUCGUUGCCUUACCAUGUUCUGCUCCAGAUCUUUGUCUACGCCUCCCAUCCACUGCACGAUGAGAACAUGCAUGCAACUUCUUCCAUAUCUUGGCUGAUAACGACGGCGCAAAUGUGUCAUGCCUUCACAAAACCAGCUCUGACGGCGCUAUAUCGUAAUCCACCCAUCUUCGCAAUCCGGCAGAAUCGGAAGAAGCUGGUAAACCACCUUAUAAUGCCACCAGAGGACGUUCGUCAAGACUACCAGGUCAUGGUCAAGCGUCUCGAGCUUGACGCCACGCAAAUGUCUGCCCUGACGGACCCCACCAACAGCUUGGCGGAUUUGACGUCCUUGACAUCCGCACUGUCGACACUGAAGGAGAUAGACAUCUUCGACCCUCUGGACAGACCACCCUACCGCGAACGUUUGAAGCGUAUGCGCCGCUGGACCUACCCACCGGAGCUGUUCGAAGCUUUGCGGCAGACUCAGCUGCGCUUGAAAAGCUGGCGGUGGCAUAGUGCCUACUGUGCCGAAGGUCUUCUGUGGAUAAAGGACAUCCACGCGGAUCAAGUUUUCCAGAGCCUUCGCGAUGUCACUUUUGUGAAGUUCAACUUCGACGAAAAGCGCAAGCCCGAUGCCACUGAUCCCACGACUGAGGAGCUUCUCGCAUCUGCUGUUGCGUCCCUCCCGAACUUGCAAUCGUUGACAUUUGAAUCUUGCACUGCUGUCAACGGAAAACUCUUGUCGUUGCUACCGUCUGCACUUCUCAGCCUCAGCAUCACCAACUGCAUUUAUCUCACCUCCGAUGAUAUGCAUACGUUUCUAUCUGACCACGGAUGGCAUCUUGAAGAGCUGGUUCUCAACCACAAUCAGUCUCUAGACCUCUCUUUUCUAGUCACCCUGAAACAAGACUGCCCGCGACUGGAAGUUCUUAAGAUGGACUUGAGCUAUUACAGCACCCUAGCCAUGUCUUCUGACAACGAGCCUCUCUACGACUGGCUUCUCGGACUCGACGACGUCCCCACCUGGCCCUCGACCCUUCGCAUCAUCGACAUGGAACACCUCCGCAAGUGGGGCGCUGACUCCGCCACCAACUUCUUCACCUCGCUGAUAGAUUCCGCGGCUGAUCUUCCCUUCCUACGCGAGUUGAGAAUUCUGGCCAUGGUAGACAUGGACUGGCGUCAGCGCGCCGACUUCCGACGGAAGUGGGCUGCGCGCUUCGAGAAGGUGUUCGCGUGGCGCGGCCCGGCUCCAAGCCCUCAUCUCGCAUCGCUCAGGGCAUAUCGGCAGUGGAAAGAUUCUCAGCAGGAUGCCGCUGAUAGUAACGACUCUCUGCUGGAUGUCACAGCCGAGGUCCCGGUCGUCGCCGCGAAGGAAGGCCAGGCUACAGAUGCACCGGGAAGCAGCGACGACGAGACAGACAGCGAUGUCCCUCUGCUUGCUAAGCGCCGUCUCCGUUCCCGUGCGAAGGUCUCCACAAACUACGAUGAGACGUCGGAGAACGAGAACGAGGAUGCGGAGGGCCUUACCGAGGAUACUGAAGCCGAUGACGAGGAGCCUACUGUUGUGCAGGGGCGAUGUCACACGGUUAUAUGCCGUAUCGAUAACCUGCGCCCUCGCGAGGAAAUGUUUGACGAAGCGGAUUUUCUCGAUGAGGAGCGCAGCGGGGAUGAAGAGUGGGAUGAAAACAACGACGAUGUCGAGGACAGCUAUGCUUGGUAG